UCAGCUGAUUAGGACCCCAAUUUUUAAAUAGCUCUCUCUGAGGAAUCAAACAAAAUUAUUUUCAGACAUACUUUUCUAAAGCUGGUCCCAAUAUGUAUAUUCUUUUAAAUGUUCUGACGAAAUGUCAACUUAAUUCCCUUUAUAUAAAACGAAAACUCUUCAAUUUUGACUGAGAAUCUAAACAAAACAAGAAAAGAAAAAAAACAAAAAAAAAAAUUAAAAAGUAUUUCUUCAUUUUCUCAUUUUACUAUAAGAUCUAUUUAAACUCCAAGACAAUAAUUAGAGGAAGUAACCGAAAGAGAAAAAAGGGAAAAAAAAAAAAAAUGGUGGCAACCACUACUACUACCAGCAAAGAUAAUAUUGAAGUUUCAGCAGAAACUAUGAUGGCAGAGUAUGACCGAGCAAGCGAAGUAAAAGCUUUCGACGAAACAAAAGCAGGUGUUAAAGGACUUGUUGAUGCGGUUGUUACACAGAUCCCUCGUAUUUUCCAUCGUCUACCCAAUGAACAAUUAUAUGAGAGCUCUGUUCCUGAAGGUGAUCCCCUGUUUAGCAUACCAGUCAUCGACCUGAGAGGUGUUUCCGAUGAUUCAUUCCGACGAAAGGAGAUUGUUGAACGAGUACGAGAAGCGUCGGAAACGUGGGGAUUCUUUCAGAUUGUUAACCAUGGAAUUCCAUUAAGUGUUAUGGAGGAGAUGAAAGAAGGGGUGCGUAGGUUUUAUGAACAAGAUAGUGAGGUGAAGAAACAGUUUUAUACAAGAGAUCCAAUGAAAGCAGUGGUUUAUAAUAGCAACUUUGAUCUUUAUGGAGCUCCUUCAACAAAUUGGAGAGAUACUUUUUUAUGUAGAAUGGCUCCUGAUGAUCCUAAUCCACAAGAUUUGCCUGAGGUUUGCAGAGACAUACUUAUGGAGUACUCGAAGCAUGUGAUGAAACUGGGAAUUCUACUGUUCGAGUUGUUAUCGGAGGCACUUGGGUUGAAGCCGAACCAUUUGAAUGAGAUGGAUUGUACAGAGGGGCUUGGAAUUUUAGGCCAUUACUAUCCUGCUUGUCCACAGCCAGAAUUGACAUUGGGAGCAAGCAAGCAUACUGACAAUGACUUCCUCACUGUGCUGCAGCAGGAUCAUAUUGGUGGUCUCCAAAUUUUAUAUAACAAUCAUUGGAUUGACAUACCCUAUGAGCCCGGUGCUAUAGUUGUUAACAUUGGUGAUCUUCUCCAGCUUAUAACAAAUGAUAAAUUCAAAAGUGGCGAGCACAGAGUAUUGGCAAACCGUAUAGGUCCAAGAAUAUCCAUUGCAAGCUUUUUUUUCACGUCAAUGUUGCCAACAAAGAAGCUCUAUGGACCUAUUAAGGAAUUGUUAUCGGAAGACAAUCCUCCAAAGUACAGGGAAACAACAGUGAGAGACUAUGUUGCAUAUUUCAAUAAUAAAGGCCUUGAUGGAUCUUCUGCUUUGCCUCAUUUCAAGAUUUGAAUUACUUAGCUCAGCAAAGAACAUGAAGAAGGGUCGGUCCAAUAAAUGGUUUCCAAAGUCAAAUAAUUUUGCAAAAACUAAAUAAAAUUAUAUUGUUCUCGGACUGAAUUCGAAUCCUUCCAUUCUAAUAUAUAUAUAUAUAUAUAUAUAUAGAUGAAAAGGUCGUUUGUAUGUCAUAUGGUUGUUCUAAACUAAAAGUUGUACCCUAUUAAUUUUUCAAAUAUGUUUGAUGAAUGUAUCAUGGAUUUGAGACA